AUGCGUUAUGGAGCGUUGCCUGCGAUAAUUAAUGUUCCAUUGGAAGUGUUGGAGGUAGCCGGUAUCGAUAUAGAGAAUUCAGGUGAAUUAACAGAAGAUCAAAUAAAUACAAUUAUGUCUCUGAUUGAACCAAAUGGUGCAACUCAACAGAAUGAGUUGAAACAUGAGCAUAUUGAUAUACCGCAUUCUUCUUAUUCUAAUGGUAUGCCUAGUUCUUCAUCCGAUGCUGGAGAUCGUUUAACAUUGUAUAUUCUGGAUGAUGGCUCAUUGAAACUUACGGAUGCUACACUUCAGAAGGAAUAUUUUUUUACACCGAGGGACCUAGCGUUGCAUAAUAUUGAUGUUGACAAUUUAACUGACGAAACUUUGCAACGAAUCAUUCAGAUGGCUAUGGAAUCAAAUGAAGUGGUGACAACAAAAAAGCGAAGAAUGGAAGAUGUUGGCUGUGUGGAAUUUUCACCAAAUUUUUUACCUAAUACUUCAGUGGAACCGCCAACAUCUAGUGCUUCAAAAACAGUUCUUGUCAGUGAAGAUCACCAUGUUGAAUCACAACUAUCGUUAAUAGGCACUGAAGUUGAAAUUAAACGAGAUGUGAUGGCCAUUUCGAGUGAAGAUGAAAUGCGAUUGCUUCAUGAUGAAAGUUCUGGGAAACGUAGUGAUCAUGAAUCAUAUAGUGAAAGAGCUAGAACUUUAUCUUCUGAAAGUGUUGGUGAAGAUACUAUAUCAAAAAAUAUUAAUGGCCGAAGAUGCAUUUCCCAGAUUCCAGGUAUUAAAGUUACUCCAGCGAAUGGUUGUCAUAAGUAG